CGUCAGUGGCUGGGGGAAGCAGUUCUUGCAAAGGUUCCCGGAGACCCUGAUGGAGACAUCCAUUCCAACGUUUACCCCCAAGCUGAAUCAAGGGCAAUAAUAAUCACAGUACCUUACUUUAUGUAUCAAUGUAUCACCUCAAUUCAAAAUAACAUUUCCUGAGUACUGACCAUGUUCCAAGCUAUGUGAGAGAGAAAUGGACAACAUACAGACUGAGUGUCUGGAGGCUCACACUGUGGUGGGGGAGAACAUCGAAAUCCCAGUUGUUGACCACCGCAUCUGCCAGGAGGCCUACACCCCACUGAAGAGGAAAGUGACCAGAGACAUGAUCUGUGCUGGGGAGAAGGAAGGCGGGAAGGAUGCCUGUGCGGGUGACUCUGGAGGGCCCAUGGCGACCUUGGAUACAGAGAGAGGCCAAUGGUACCUAGUGGGCACAGUGUCCUGGGGUGUGGACUGCGGAAAGAAGGACCGUUACGGAGUGUAUUCCUACAUCUUCCACAACAAGGACUGGAUACAGAGGGUCACCGGGAUGAGGAAUUGAAUUCGGUUCCUCACCUGUCCAUGGUCGGUCAGCAGCAGAGGAUAGUUAUCUGAUGCAAGAUGCCCCUUGCCCUACACGCACCUCAUUCGGCCCAUCUAUUACUGGCCAAUAAAGGGGGCAUCUCAGCCCCCUUCUCACUCUCUUUAAAGAAGCAGAGUAGCAGGGUGGUCAGAAUCCAGGUUGUAUCACCUACUAGCUUUGUAACACUGGGCAGGUGACUUCACCUCUUGGAGCCUCAGUUUCUUUGUCCAUAUUAUGGAAAUGGCAUACCUUACCUACCUCAUAAAAGUCUGAUGAGGAUCAAAUUUAGUUAAUAUACAUAUAGCACGUAGCACAGUGCAGGCAUAAACUAAGUGCUCAAUAAAUAUGACUUAGCAGAAGGCCAGUGUGUCUACCAGGCACAUUACAUUCUCUUACAAAUCCUGGCUGGGCCUUAGGGCUGAUCAGUGUGCCCCGCUCCCCUCAACCUUGACCAUCUCCUUCACCUGCCCCCGAAUACUCCAUGCUUCUUUGCUACCAUGCAUUUCCCAACCCCAAUCCCCACCCCUCCCCAUAAAAGGGUAAAAGAGACAAUGUUCUUAGUCUAUGGCAUGUCCCAUAGUGAUGCACUUACGACCAUGAGCUAGAUACCAAACUGUGAGAGUGCCUGAGAGAAGCAGGCACUCUCACAGGGUGGGGAGAUUGGGAAUGGUGAAUUAGGAAGUCAGACACCAGGUUCUAGAACCAACUCUGCCCCCAGCUCCCUGUGACUCUAUGCAACUCCCUUCCCCUCAUCCCAAAGGACCCUCCCAGCUCUGACAAUCUAGGAUCCAAUGAAGCCAUUUCUCCCUGAAGAGAUGAGUUAAAGCCAAAAUAACCGAAAGGCAAAAACUGCCUUAGGUUCAACAGAGCUUUGUUGCAGACCAAACACUGCUGCUGCAGCAACACCCACCCCUGUGCACCACACCCUAGUUCCCAAGGACGUAGCCCUGGCAAAGUGCUAGCCAAGGGGCCUUUCCUUAUUCCUAAGCAGAGCCUCUGCUCUAGGCACUGGCCUCCUUUUCUUCCUGGGAACCUGAGUUGCACAAGGUAGGCCCUGGGAGGCUAGACUCAGGCCCCUGCACUCUCCCUCCCUGUGUCCACAGCUGACCCCAAGCCACCAUUCCCCUGGUUCCUCACCCCUGUUCCUCACCCUGAACACCCCAGCCCUGCAGCGUCAUAAGUGCUUCCCAAGCAGAAUGCCUCGCCUCUCCAAGAGCCACCUCCUCUCUCAGGAAGCUUCCAGGGACCUCCUCCCCUCCAGAGCUCUGAGAUUUAAGCCUUUCAAGGGAUCAGAAGCCCCAAGUCCCUGGCUUCUGUUCUAUCAAAAUUGGUCUUCAUGGGAGAUUUCAUUUCUCGACCUGCACUGCAGCUGCUGGAGUCAUUCAGGGUCUCCUGCUGAAGGAAGAUGAAACUGAGGAAUGAGAACUUAUGGACACUAAGCCGUAAGCUCACCACUCAGGGACGGCAAUUCACAGCCUGCUUUUGAUUCUCUGAGCAAGUCAUUCUACCUCUCUGUGCCCUGCUGUUUAUUCUCUAAACAGAAGAUGACAAUCAUACUCAAUCCCACCAGACAUUUGUCAAGCAAACUGGAGCUCUAUUUCAGACACCAGAGAAGAACUGCAAUGCAAAGUUUUGGAACUACCCUAAGGCAUUCCAAACACCAUGCCUUCCAAUUUCACAGCAGUGCCUGGGUGCCCCCAUGUGCCAGGCUAUGCUGACCGCUAUGCGGACCACCAAGAUGAGGGGAACAUGAUUCAUACCUUCCAGGAGCUCCUACAGGAAGAGCUGACACAUACACAAGUGUCUAUCAUGAACAGAAUGAACCCCACCAAGUGCUAUGUGUCAGCACAGCGCAGAGGUGAAAGAAAGGCCAUUCUAGUAUGGAGACGUUGGAGGAGGGGGCAUCAGAAAGGCAUCCCAGAGGAGAUGGUGUUGGAGCUCAGCCUUGAAGAGGGUGGGCAUUUCCACAGGUAAGACAGAGGGAGGCCUUCCAGGUAGAAGGACAACAAGAGCUCAUGUCCACUCAGGCUUUCCUCAGAUUACACUCUCUUCCCUCACAAAAAAGACAUGUCCAGCAGACCAGUGCUCUGACUCCGGGAUCAGAGCCAACAUCUAAAAGAAACUUUCUCCUUAAAAUCAGACAACCAUGAGACUUGAAGCAGCCUCGGAAUUUGUGUACAAAUACUGACUUCUGGCUGGACCCAGUUUAUCCUGUUUAUUCCCCCAAUUGCAAUUUCAUCCUGAUUCUAAGGGAUGUCUAGAUGUGCUGCUGGACUUGGGCUUACCCUUGAUCUACAAACAUUUACUAGAUAUACCAGCCCCCGCACUGAUGCUAAGGUCCAAGAAAACCAAACGUCUCACAGAGUCAUAGAAGCAGAGGGUUGGAGUGUCUGUUAGGACCAUAUUGUCUAACUCUAUGACCUCAUUCUUGAACAUAUCUAAAGAUGGGAAACUCACUACCUCCAAAUAUAGCCAAUUUCAACUUCAAAACGUGCUCUUAGAAAGAUCUCUUCUAUACAACCAAAAUCCACCUCCCAGAAUAUACUUAGCAUAUCUAAAGCUAUGAUUCCGUACCAUGAACGUUGUUAUCAGCAAUAAUGAUCAUGUGCCCGAUUUCAUUAGAAACAGAAGCUGUUGCUCUACAACAUGUGUAGCUGUAACUACACAUUACUU